AUGGCGCCACGCUUCAAGCGUAAGCGGCGGGCCUCUCUCACUUCUUCCAGUGCACGCACUUCCCAGAGCUGGAGCUCCCAGAGCAGCAGGUUCAAGCGACCAUCAUUACCAUCGCAAUCCUCUUCUAGAAGAAGGUCCAUUGAUCCCCCUUACAAUCAAGCAUCUAGUCACCAUCAUAUCCCUCAUGACCGUGAUGCAUCUCAACCGCAAACCUAUCAUGCGGCGGACAAUGAGGAAGUCGAUGAGGAUCUGGAGCAAGUUGUUAUGGCAAUCGAUCGACAGCAGAAAGGGACCAUUGGCUGUGCAUACUAUGUCGCGCGCAAUGAAACGUUAUAUUGCCUUCAGGACGUGAUUGACGGGAUGAAAAUAGACAUUCGGCCAACCAUUGUCCUACUUUCUCCCAGAGUAGGCCCAGAAGACAAUGACUCAGAAGCUACUCGACGACUAGGUCGUGGUUCACUCGUUGGUGAUGUUGGAUCGGAGCCUCCCCUUCCGUACCAAGUUGACAUACGGCCUUCGCAAGAAUUCGCCUACGAAGGAACAAAGACUAAGCUCAUCAACCUUGAAUCGGCGAUUGCAAGAAAUGAUGGGACCAUCUUCCUGGUCCCAGGAGAUGCCUCGACCUAUGAUGAUGAGCAAGACCACGAGAACUUUGGCUCCACUAACCGUCAAGGUAAAUUGUUGCGUCUGUCAAGCUGGAUUGACUUCGAGAGCCGAGUUAGUGCUGGAUGUGUAGGGGCAAUCUUGACUCAUUUGCAAAGAAGAAGAGCUGCGGACUAUCUACCAGACGAUCCUGAUGCUCAAUGGGCCUUUCGAGUGAGAAGCUUAGAGAUGUUCACUCUGCAAAAUACUAUGUUCAUCAGUCCUGAUACCCUACUUUCACUACAGAUCAUCCAGCCAGAAUCUCAUCCUAACGCAUUCAACCAGGGUCCUGGCUCAACGGGCUCCAAAGAGUCACUUUCUAUUUACGGACUGUUCCACCACUAUGCUCGUACACCACAAGGCAAAGGUAGACUACGGCAGACCUUCCUCCGGCCCAGUCUAGAUCUAGAAGAGACAAACCAUCGACUCGAUUUCAUUGGUGUCUUCGUCAGGCCAGAAAACCAGAUUCCACUACAGAAGCUGUCUAGGAGUAUGAGCAUGAUCAAGAACAUUCGCACUGUCAUGAUACAUCUCCAUAAAGGUGUCAAUGGGGGCAACCAGAAAUCUGGGGGAUUUAAGUCUGGUGUCUGGGCAACGCUUCUUGAGUUUGCUCACCACACAAUCGACAUCCGAGACACUUUGCGCGAGGUGCUUGGUGGUGAAAGCUUGCCCCUGCUGGCAAAGUCUAUGCAGGUGCUGGAUACCCGAUUGCUUCAGAGUGUGGGUAGGAAUAUCAAUGACAUUUUCGAUCGUGAAUCUUCGAUUGAGCAGAACCGUACCGUCGUCAAACGUGGAGUUAACGAUCAGUUGGAUGACCUCAAGAAUAUCUAUGAUGGCAUGGAUGAUCUUCUUUCUCGGACGGCACUUGAAAUUGCUCGAGAGCUGCCCGAUCACAUUGCGAUGAAGCUCAACGUGAUCUAUUUCCCUCAAUUGGGCUAUCACAUUACGAUACCACUCGAUCCACACACCAGGCAACCACUAUACGAAGGUGAUCCAGACGAUCCAGCGAGUGGAAGUCGGUGGGAACGUAUGUUCACCACCGAGAACCAAGUCUAUCUCAAAGACGAUCGAAUGCGGGCUAUGGAUGAAAGGCUGGGAGAUCUGUGGAAUAUGAUCUGUGACCUCGAAAUCGAAAUCUCUUACGACCUCGCCCAACGAGUCCUUCAACACGAAGAAAUUCUCAUCUCGGUCUCCGACAUCUGCGGAGAGUUAGAUUGCAUGCUUGCCUUCGCCCAAGCCGCACGUCAAUACAACCUCGUUCGACCCCGGAUGACCGAAAAGAAUAUAAUUGACAUCAAGAAUUGCCGGCAUCUGCUCCAAGAGAUGACAGUCCCCUCCUACGUCACCAACGACGCCUUCCUAAUCGGUGGUACUGACCCUGACGACCAAUCCUACAGGCAUACCUCGGAACGCCCAACCAGGCAACCUUCCUCCCAUCCCCACGAAGACGAAGAUGAAGAUCCGCCACCACCGCGCAUACUCCUGCUAACCGGCCCCAACUACUCCGGAAAAUCCAUUUACCUCAAAUCCAUCGCCCUAACCAUCUACCUCGCCCACCUCGGCUCCUUCGUGCCCUGCACCUCCGCCCUCGUCGGCCUCACCGACUCCAUCCUCACUCGCAUCCGCACCUGCGAGACGGUAUCCCGUCCCCACUCGGCAUUCAUGAUCGAUCUGCAGCAGAUCGCUGGGAUCCUCAAAAUGGCAACGAACAGGUCGUUGGUGGUUAUGGAUGAGUUUGGCAAGGGAACAGACAGUUGUGAUGGGGCAGGGUUGGUUGCUGGCGUGUUGCAACAUUUGCUGGGCGAGAUUGGUGAAGAAGGAGAAAGCGUGCGGCCGAAGGUGCUGGCCGCGACGCACUUCCAUGAUAUAUUUGAGAUGGGAUUCCUCCCGCCCCAGAACGGAUUACAAUUCGCGCACAUGGAGGUGCGUGUUGAUCGGAAACACCAUCACGAUGAUGACCAGCACGCGGAAGCCGGUCAGUCCGCCACGCAGGUUACCUAUCUGUAUAAUCUACGUCCAGGUCGGAGCACGGAGUCGUUUGGCACACAAUGCGCGGCUAUGAAUGGGGUCCCUGCGCCGAUUGUGCAGAGGGCCAGUCAGUUGAGUAAAUUGGCGGCGAAGGGAGAGGAUUUGGUGAGUGUCUGUGCGGUUGGCGGGAAGGAGGAAGAGGAGGAUUUGGAGAGGGCGGAGGUGGUGGCGAGGGCCUUUUUGCAUUGGGAUCUUGAUGAUGACGGCGGGAAUCAUUGUGGUGUUGUAGGGAAUGGGGAUCCAAGGAGGGUGCUGGAGGAGUUAGUUGGGGAGGUAGCUGGGGAGAUUGACAUUGGUGUUCGGACAGGAUCUGGAAGUGCAGCGGCUAAUGGGAUGGAGAUGGAAACUGGAUCGGGAGUUGAGAUCGGUAGGGAGAAUGCAUCGGAGGUUUGA